AUGGAACCCACAAAAGAGUCAAAGUUAGACACACACCCGAACGCAGGUGUCGACUUCUCUACGGUUGGUGCUGUACAUGAGGAAAUCACUUCCCCUCAAGGAGAUGGUUACGUUGCCUAUGGCCCCUCUGGUAUCAAGGGAGUGUUCGCGUCACGGUUUGGCGGGUACUGCGCUGCCUUUGCUGCUCUAGGCGGCUUCCUCUUUGGACAUGACCAAGGAGUCGUCUCAGUGACCUUGGUGAUGGACGAGUUCCUGAAUCGCUCCCCCGAGGUAUCUGAUGAGGCGAGUGGCUCAGGCUUCAAAAAGGGUCUUAUGACCGCCAUGAUUCCUCUCGGUGCUUUCAUCGGUGCCUUGAACCAAGGCUAG